UGACAGCACAGGGAAGCCGGGGAAUGACGGGACGCUGAGGGUUGCAUUGGACACAAAUGUCCACUAGGGGUCGCGCUCGAACCGGGUGUUUGGAAUCGGCUCUGUUGAGAGUUCUUCUGAGAUAUGUGCAGAGCGCCUUUCUAGUCUUAUUUGAGAAAGGGCAAGAUCCCGGACCUCCUGACUUUCAUACCUUUCAAGGGUUUGGUACCCCACGCGAAAUUGAGCCUUGUCCCUUCUGUUUUGAAACUAUUCACUGAAUAUACUUUUUACUGAACCGUGAAAGGGACAGGAGGAGACAUAUUUGCAGGGUAUCCUCGAAAUUCCUUUCAAUCAUGGGCAUAGCCAGGAUUUAUGUUAGGGGGAGUAGAACUAAGCUGUUGGUUAAGUAUUUCUAUUUAUUUACUUGAUGGGGGACAGCUUCCCCCUGCCCACCCCCCCGCUACACCCUUGCUUUAAAUGUUCACAUCUCUAUGGAAAUAUACAUCCUGAUGCUCCAGAUCAAUAAUGCAUAUUCCCAAUCUGGUGCUGAGCCAAAGAAUUUCAACACAGGAAAGGCAAUGACUCCGAUAAAAUCCCUCCACCAGGCAAUGGAAAGAGUUUAGUUGUGGUCUGAAAGAACUUGUGUGAGGUCUGGAUUUCCUGCGAGAGGAAAAGAGGCUUUUCAGGCUGAGGGUAGAAGAAGCAGCCAAGAUUCUUGGAUUACUUGCAGAGAAAUCUUGAGAUCUAAGCAAACAGCGGACAAAAUGAACAAAUUGGAGGUUCUGGGAGGAAAAGCAUAGUAUUCAGCCUGCCUAUACUCCACCCAUCCACCCCCUGCAGCCAUUCUGUUGGCUGGUAAAACAAUGGGCUGGAUUGAAAUGAUAAAAUCAACGCUGUUUCCUGGGGUUGGACUUUUCCUGAAUGAGGAACUCGCCUGUUGCCCUUUAGAUUGCAUAAGAGUGAUGAAAUAAAACAGGCUGUGAAGCAACUGUGCCUGGAAGCAGGAAGAGAAACACAGUUGUGGAGUGGAAGUGGAGAACCCUCUUAGAGAAUAACAUCUGGGAGGCUGCUGCUUUCUUUGUGAAGGGCUACACAACCCUUGCACCUCGGACCAUGGCCAACCAAACAGACUACAACGACUUCUUGCACAAGCACAGGGAUGUUUUCCGGAGGUUUCCGCUGGAGCUGGUCCAUGGGAUCCCCCUGAUGGAGCCCAUUGCUCAACAAUGGGCUCCAAUUGAAAACUUCCAGGCACGGCCAGAUGACUUGCUUCUCUCAACUUACCCCAAAGCAGGUACCACAUGGAUUCAAGAGAUUGUUGACCUGGUCCUUACCGGCGGCGAUGUGGAAAAAGCUCGUCGAGCUCCUGUGUACAUCCGGAUCCCAUUUCUAGAAAUUUGCUCUCCACCCCCGGUGCCUUCAGGGGUCAGCAUUCUGGUAGAUACCCCAUCUCCUCGUGUGAUCAAAACCCACCUCCCCUUCCAGCUUGUUCCUAAAAGCUUUUGGGACAAGAAAUGCAAAGUAAUCUAUGUUGCUCGCAAUGCCAAGGACAACCUGGUCUCCUACUUCUUCUUUGACCAGAUGAACGUGACGCAGCCAGACCCUGGGCCGUGGGAUGGCUAUGUUAAGAAAUUCAUGGAGGGCAAACUUGCCUGGGGCUCUUGGUAUGACCAUGUCCAGCGUUACUGGGAUGAGAAAGGAAAGCACCGUAUCCUGUACCUCUUCUACGAGGACAUGAAAGAGGACUUGGCUCGCGAGGUCCGUCGUGUGAAAGAUUUCCUGGAGGUUGAUCUGCCUGAGGACGCCCUUCAAAAGAUUGUCCACCACGCAUCAUUCCAGACCAUGAAGAAGAACCCAAUGACAAAUUAUGAGACUGUCCCCAAUGCCAUCUUUGACAAGACAAAAGGCAGAUUUAUGAGGAAAGGUGAAGUUGGCGACUGGAAGAAUUAUUUCACAGUGGCUAAAAGGGAGGAAUUUGAUGCAGAUUACCGGCACAAGAUGGAAGGAACGACCCUGCGUUUCCGGGAGGUAUUAUAGACUCAGAAAACUGCCCCUCUUGUAUUUUAUUCUUGGCCAAGAAAAAAUUACAAAUUAUUAAUAGAUUCGAAAGAAAGAGGUGGCUUCUCCCUAUCAAACUCAAGGUUAUAUUAUGAAGCAUGCUGCCUUUGCUGGCUUCGGGAAUGGAUAAUUUGAAAAAAUAGUAAUAUUUUAGACCUUGAGAGUCAUGAUAAUAGGUUUGGUUGGCAUGCAUGUCUAUGGUAUGAAAAGGGAAACGUGUAUAAAGUAUUCUUGAAUCAUUUUGUAAGAAAAUCAAUUUAUGUGGUAUGGGAGAAAUAUAAUUUACUAGAACAGAAAAUGCCAUGGUGGCUUUCCCUACUGGAAGCAAUAUCCUUUAAAAAUGUAAAUAUGAGAAAUGACUGGGCAACAUAUAUGGACCUGUUAAUGGAAGCAGAACACCAGUUGAAAUUGAAGGAUUUUGAGGAUAUGAGAUUUAUCAACUGACUGGUUAUAAUAUCAUCAAAUAAAUUAUUUUUUAAAAAUAGAUAAAAGGAAGGGUUUUAGUAAUGAAACUUCAAGGUUUAGAAAAUAAUUGUUGGACAACACUGUAAAAUUACUUUCUAAAGCGUAUAGACUGCUUUUGGAAUGGUAUACAAAAUAUGAAAAGGUUAAAUCAGCAAUGAUACACUGGGCGAGAUCUGGGGAAUAAUAUUCAGCUUUCAUCAUGGAAGAAGUUAUGGAGAACUGAUUUGAAAUUUACAGCAUGUUAUACAUUGAAAGAAAAUUAUAUGAAAAUGAUGUACCGUUGGUAUUUAACUCCUAGUAAGUUAGCAAAAAUGUAUAAGAAAG